AUGCAAAAGCUACCAUAUGUCGUGGUUACGAAUCGACAUUUGUCAGAGGUCUACGAGCUCUAUUACAGCGCGUUCGACGCAUUUCGAAAGAUUCCUGAGAUUAAGACCGUAGAGGACAACGACAACUUCUGUCAAGUAGUCAAGAGAACCCUCAAGGAACAUUUGACAGUGAUACCUAGUUUGGCUAUGGGCGUUUUGGAAUGCAGAGACUUGGUGCCUUCAGAAGAACUGGAUAGAUUCAUGAAUCGAAUCCUACGUAGUCGGAUCUCUCGUCGAGUGAUCGCAGAGCAACAUCUUGCUCUUACGGACACCUUCAACUCACCUUUUCACUUCCCCGACUCUUCUCCCCACCACCAGACCGGUACAGAUUUUGUGGGCGAAGUUUUUCCCCGCUGUAAUGCUCGCGAAGUUGUUGAGACAGUGGGGAAGCACGCUCAAGACCUAGCUCGUGAGGCCAACGGUCCCGAUUCCCGCGUCCCAGAAAUACAAAUCGAAGGCCACCUCGAUACCACGUUCCCAUACAUCCUUUCCCAUAUCGAGUACAUUAUUGGCGAACUUCUCCGAAACUCUAUUCAAGCCACCGUCGAUCGCCAUUCCUCUGCGGCCGAACUCCCACCUAUCAAAAUUUUAAUCUGCCAUGCACCGCAACAUGUAAUAUUUCGUGUCUCAGACAGAGGCGGCGGGGUACCCGCUGAUGAACUGGCUGAUCUCUGGUCAUUUGCCAAAGGCCCACGGCCCCAGGCCAGACUACAGAAUUUUUCACAAGUUCCGAAAAUGGCGGCUACUCUCCAAGAGUUGCAAAAGACAUCCCAUACACAUUCUCGUAGAGAGGGUCAAGAUAGUUCUUUAUCUACACUGACAUCUAGACCUCCUCAUCUACGACUGGGAAUGGGCUUGCCUAUGAGCAGGGUGUAUGCAGAAUACUGGGCCGGCAGUUUAGAGCUUCAUAGUCUAGAGGGCUAUGGAACAGAUGUCUUUUUACAAAUAUCAAAGCUUGGAAAUAAGAGCGAGCAACUGAACUUGGAUGGCGUGUAA